UUGUUUUGGUUUGACUUCUGACUUUCGUUUUAGCGAAAAUUCCGAUCCGUGUCGUGGAAGAAAGCCGUCGAGAUUCAUAAUUACUAAUUUUCCGGUUCAACACGUAUUUUCAGUAAUUGUUAUGUGUCUCUGUCAUCGUUAAAAUUGAAUUAUCCUCUGCAAAUCUAUAACACAGGUUUAUAACAGGAAAUAAGGGUUUCUAGUGAGGCACCAUGUCUAAUCAACCAUCCACAGAAAAAGAAUUAGAUGUUUCGCAUGCAGAUAAAACAGUAUGGUUAGUGAAGGUUCCGAAAUAUAUUGCAAAUCGCUGGGAGAAAGCACCUGGGAACAUCGAAGUUGGGAAACUCAAAAUUGCCAAAACUAGUGUUCCGGGUGGCAAAACCCAAGUAACACUCAAUCUAUCAGAAUCAGUGAUGUUGUUAGCUGAGCCAGGCGAGAAACCCAUUCCACGUCAACACAGGUUGGAUGUUUCCCAAGUUACCAGACAGACACUUGGUGUUUUCUCUCAUUAUACUCCUAAACCAGAUAGUGAUGCAAUAGUUCCUGAAACCGAGAAACUAGUCCUUGAGGGAAGAAUUAGCCAAAAAUUAGAAUGUCGACCUUAUGCCGAUACAACCUACAUGAAGUUGAAGGUAGAGUCCAUCAGGAAAGCAAUGGAGCCAACCAGGAAAGUAAUGCGUUUAGAUAGAGUGGUCCAAAAUUAUAAACCUGUAUCAAACCACAAAAAUAAUAUUGAGUACAUGGAGAAGAAGAAAGCAGAAGGGAAGAAGGCCCGUGAUGACAAAGAAUCUGUUAUGGAAAUGUUAUUCGCUGCUUUUGAAAAACAUCAAUUCUAUAAUUUGAAAGAUCUAGUUCAGAUAACUAAACAGCCUCCUAAUUAUCUCAAAGAAAUUUUGAACGAUAUUGGAAACUACAGUAUCAAGGCUCCUCAUAGAUGCAUGUGGGAGCUGAAACCUGAAUAUCGCCAUUACAAAGCAGACGCUGCUGACCCACCAGGGACUUCAUCUGACAAGAAAUGAAGACCUCAAUCCUCCACCUGAAUAAUAUUUUCAAGUAAUUUAGAACAUGAUUUUAUCAACUAGGGAAUUACCUCAGAAACAAGCGAGUUUGAAAAUUGUUUGUAAAAUUCUAAUUCGAUUCACUGCCAUUCAGGGAACCAACAGCCCAGGAAAUUUUCACAGCAUUUUUGAGAAACACAGAUUCAUGAUCAGUAGUAUUUUUUUAUGGCAGGUAUUAUUAAAAGAGAAAAAAAUAGACAAGGAUCAUUAUCAAUGAAAAGACUUGGUGUGAUGACAAAUUCAUCUUAAUGAUUUCAACAAGAGGUGCGUUGUUGAAGUAAAUUGUUUGGGAAUGUUUGGAAACAGAAGUACCCGGUGCCAAAUAGUAGGCAUUGUUCGACUCAAUUUGAAUUACCUGAUAACUUGCGUGUUCACAUAUAAAUGCACAAUGUUUCUAUCAAAAGCCGAACAAUUUCGGGAGGUUUAUUGGAUCGAUGAGCCGCGUAUAGUGAACGGAAGAACCAAACAAUAUCAGAUAAGUUUACUUCAACACAUGCACCAAAGAUGAAUAAGAUAUGAGCAUUAAUCCUUCUUUUAUCACAAAUAAUCUCGGAGGAUAAAUUAUUAUCUAGACAUAAUUUAAAUCACACCAAAUAGACAAGGUUGUGUGGCAAAAUGGGCUGUUAUUAGGGCUAAGAUUUUAAUUUUUCAUCUCUAUUUUUUUUUUUUUUUUUAAGCUCUUUUGAAGACAGUAACUGUAUUGAAUGUUUACUUAGCUCAACUUUAAUCGUAAUUUAAGCUCAACAUGAACCUUUUACAUGGAGCAAGUGUUCUUUCAGCUCUCCAAUUCAUGGCUGUUUUGAGAAAUGACCGUUCAAAUUAAUAUACUUCAGAUUUUCAGUUAUAAAACUCGGAAGAGCUAUAAUUUCUUUACUGUCACAACUUAGUCAUUACACAGAUGGAACAAAGAGUGACCAUAGAAAUAUAACUGCAACCAAUCUAAUCUAGGAAUAAUUGUGCGUAUGUAAGUGAACUUUGUUCUUUGUUGUGAUAUAUCUUUAAAAGUAGGUAUUUUCAUUGGUUAAUUUACGUUUUUAAUAAAUUAUUUUAUUACUGUAAACUGA